GACAGCCAGUUUGUUGUUAAAGGAAGUAGAUAAAAAAAAGUAGAGUAGAACUGUCCGAUGUAGAAAAAAGCCACCAUGAAAGAGAGAUAGGGUGUGUUUUGCUGUGAUUAAACACACAAUCGUCAUAAAACAACAACAAUUUGCACAGUAGAUAGCGUCUCUUCAUCUCGUCUCUGAUGCAGCUUUGAGAGUCGGGUGGGAUAAAACGAGCAGGUAUGAACGACAAUUUCGACCGAACUCCUGGAGCAGGGAGGAGCAGAAACCUUCCUGGAGACCCCGCCGGGUUCGUGGGAACCGCCGUGGACAGUGACACCAAAACCACGCUGUUCAACCAAAGAGAACCGCUGAGACAGCCGCGGACGUGCCCACCAGUGUCCGAAAACAACAGCAGCAGCUCGGCCGGAGAGGGAACGGUGGGAGGUAAAGAGCUGUCCACUAGCUAACAUCUCUAUUUACACAUCAGGCUGGCACAUCAGCUUUUUACUUUCAGAUUCGCUUCACGUUAGUUUCGCUGCCACAGACGGCUGACACGAGUCUGCUGACCAAAGGGGGAUAAUAAAGCGACCACUUUGACCCGGUCCACUCCAGAACCUGUCAUUAGCCUGCUAGCCGCUAAAUACCUGUAAGGACAGUUAGCAUGUUGGCGGAGCGUCGUGCACCUGUUAGACUGUUUGAUGUGAGGUAAUCCUGCAUCUAAAUCCAGACCAGACUCAGAUAACACAGAGUCCACAACACGCAUAUGACCCUCCUGGCCGGAUCCCAUGUUUGACUUUGACACUGACAUUCUUCUGAGUUUGGAUGACAGCCCACUUUCGUUUUUGUACAAGUGAAACUGAGAGUGUUGAGCGUGAUCGUUGUCUCAGAUCAGUGUGCAUAUUUAGAUAAAAUAUUACAGCUUUCAUUCAACAAUAAUAGUUCAUUUUAGCACACCAGACACUGUGACUUAUGUAUUACUGAAGUAAAAUUGAUAAAGUGGUGACAACAUAGAGAGGAAUACUGAUAGAGACUUCAAGAUAUGCUUUCCUCCCGAUUCGAUCUUUUGGAUUCCAAUUCGAUGUAAAUUGCGAUUCUACGAUAUUGACGAUUUUCUCGAUUUUUAGUCUGCAUUCUUAACACCAGUGAAACAGUUGAAUUAUUAUGAUUGUCCACUGACUAUAACAGAAACCGUAUUUCCCCCCAAAAUACACACCACAUGUAAAUCAGAUUUUAAGAUGUAUUCUCAAAUUUGGAAAAAAAAAAAUCGGUUUUUUUAACAUAAAAAUCGAUUUCAGAAUUGUAAAACCUAAACUCUCGAUACUUACGUGAACUGAUUUUUUCUCCGACUCUUAUGUCCUCCACAUAUCAGGUGUAAAACUGUAUUUUAUGUUGCUGGAGACAAAUAGUUGAAUUAAUAGAAAUGAUGGACAACUAGUAAAAAAAGUACAUCAAUUCUAUAAACAAUAUUGACGCUCAUUGUUCAAAAUUUAUAUGUCAGUGAGUGAAUAAUAUUUUUUUGUCCAGUUUGUCAAUAAAGAGGAACAAGCCUGUGUUAGAGGAAGUGGUUUUAGUCUCCUUUUUUUUUUUUUUUUUUUUUUAAUAAUGAAAUGAGUAUUUCUGAUUUAAUUUCAUUUGGAAGUUGCCCAGUUUAGAAUUAAAGUUACAGGUGUAAGUCAUCAGUUAUCUUUUAUCAGCUCCCUUAGCUGUGGCCCGAUGUUCAACCCAGUUGGCAUAAUCAAUCAGACUUUAUUUUUUAAGCACUUUUCAUACGUAGAGUGUAGCACAAAGUGCUGUCCAUUUGCGCAGGAUAUUAAAAAACUAUGAAAUGAAGUAAAUACAUAUACAAAUACCAAACCCCACCCACCCUCCCAACCCCCAUUCAACACAUACAGCACUCACACUCAAACACAGAUGCAUACUCAAAAGACCAGGUGAAGACUCUUCAACAUGCCACAGAAGACUGAGGAAACACUAUCUUGAGUUAUAAAGAUAAGGAAACACUGGAUCUAGGACAAAAAUGAUAAAACCAUGAUGAAAUAUAAUAAUGGUGAUAAAGCUUUAAAAUUUAAUUAAACAAAACAGUCUUAAAAUCAAACAAUAACAGAAAGUAAAUUUGAAAAAAAAGAGGUAAUAGAACACAAAAUAGUUACUCUAGGACUAAAAUAGGGUAAAAUUACAUAAUGCAGAUUAAGGUAUUCAUACAAAAUUCAACUAAAAGCCAGACUUAAAAGGUAGGUGUAGUUUACUUUUUGAAUGAUGAACAGUAGGUGUCGCUCUCAGGUCUGCAGGUAGGCUGUUCCACAGAUGGGAACCGUAAUGUUGGAAUGAUGAUUAAGACUGCAGUCAUCAGCGGGCUGCCAGUGUUGGUAGCUGAUUGUGUUACAAGUUACUUUGCCUGUAGUAAAGUCUUUACAGCCGUAGUACUGAGGAGAGUAUUGAUUCAAAGCAGGUGCGAAGAAAACGCUCUAUGAUAUCUGCGACUGUGGUAUGACUCAAAAUGAAAACUGAGUUGGAGCGUUGGCAUGUGGUCACACUGUAUGUGCUUGUGUUGUGUUAUAUGGUUCAGUGAACUUCACGGUGUAGCAUAGACUAGCAGGUGCGCACAAACACACACACCCCGCACUGUCUUAUAAAUCUCGCACUGAUUGAAGAUUGAAGUGAUCAAUACUUAAACUAACAGUUACACCCCAAGACUUAUAGUAAUAAGGAGACUUUUCCCCUGUGAGAAUAGAAGAGUCAAAUACUGAUAUAUAUGUAAAAACCGUAAUAUCUUUCUUCUUUGUCUUUCAGAUUCAAAGAAGCAGAACAAACCCCAACAAAAUGCAAAUGCCAACAACACACCAGCCUCCAGACAGUGUCACAGUGUGGAUCCUGUGGUCUUGUCCUCAAAGCUGUCAGCCAAUGCCCCAGAGUUUAUCCCCUGUGGAGGUGUCCAAUAUGAGGUGGGGAGAAUCUUUUACAUCACCCUCACUUUUAUCCUGACACAGUUAUCCCACUGGCUUUAUUGUUUUAUUUUGCAUUUGAAUCACACUGAAAAAUUAUGAUUACUGUACAGGACCCCGCUUAUUAUGAUGACAGCCAAAGCUACGGUGAGCCGACCCUGGCUGACAUGGUCUCAGACUUCCUUGGCCACCUGAGCUCCUCACCCGGCUCCUUUGAAACGGAUGUUGAACACAUCACUGGCAUGCUGAACUCCUGGGUCACCACUGAAGAGUCGCUGCAUGAGCUGGUGGAGCUGAUCUACACACAGGUCUGGAUUUACACAUUCAGUCGCUCUGAUAGCGUUUUCUGCCGACACUAAGUGAUAAAUCACCAAUUCUGACAUUUCUGUGAGAAAAAUACACUUCAAAUUAAACAUGAAUGCAUAUUUUGAGAAUUAAACACAAUAAAGCAACCAAACUCAGUUUUGAUUUUCUUUUUAUUGCAGUCUACUGCCAUUCCAAACUUCUCUUAUACGGGCGCCAGGCUUUGUAAUUACCUGUCCCAUCACCUUUAUAUCAGCCCACCUAGUGGCAACUUUCGUCAGCUGCUCCUGCAAAGGUGACUCAUUUCUGUUGAUACUGAAUUCAACAAGUGUUUAGAUCAGGGAUGGACAGUUAAGAACAAACUAGCUUUUUAUUAUUUAAUAUGUUGAUGCUGUUAAAAAAGUCGAGAAAUCUAUGAUUUUUUAAGUAGCAUAAUCACAACAUCCUUCUUCAGUGGUCAACACUGGUCAAAAAGUAGUGACAGGCCAACAAACAAUAUUGUAAUUAUGUUAAGUAAAGUGAGCUGUUUUAAUUUUUGUUAAGCUUUCAUUAAAAAAAGCAUUGUUGUCUCUAAUAGAUGUCGAACAGAGUUUGAACGAAGGGAUGUUGCUGUUCGAGGAGACACAGAAACCCAGAAGAAAUUCCACUCCUUUGUGCUGUUUUUGGGGGAGCUCUAUCUUAACUUAGAGGUGAGGUGUUUGACCUUUUCCUGCCUCUCUAAAAAAUAUAAAGGGUUUAACUAGUUCAUUUGUUGAUCUUUCUGCCGGUGUCUGUCUCUUCAGGUCAAGAGUGGAAAAGGACUCCGUGCAGAUAUCCUGCUCUCUGCUCUGAAUGACCUGAUGAAGAGUCUGUUCAAUAAUCCGGUGGAUGCAAAUCUGAUCUGUGCCGUUAAACUGCUUAAGGUUUCAAAUCUCAAUUAGAUACUUUUGUAAUGGAAGCUUUUUGGGUAAAUCUGUUUUAAGUCAUGUUAAAAGAAGAUGUUUUGACUCCGUAGCUGACCGGCUCAGUCCUGGAUGACGCCUGGAAAGAGAGUGGAAAACCACACAUGGAGGAACUGAUCCGCAAAAUAGAAACGGUUCUACUGGAUGCCACCUGCAGCAGGUGUGUAUGUCUGUAUGGGCUGUACGGUUGUUUGCAGCUGCUCCUUGAGGAUUAUGUAGAAGGUAAUUUAUGAUUUCAAACCUGCUUUUAUGUCAGAGAUGUUGGAAACAUGCCAAGUGUAAAGUCCACCCCAGUAUAGCCCACCUGAUGGACCUCCUUGUCCAAUGAGCCACCGUCAAAGAGAAUCCUCUACCAUACAGAUAAUCUUUUAAAAACACCCAAAAGAAAUAUUGUUUUCAUCAAAUAUGAAGGUUUUUGUCAGUUUUUGACUGUUGGAUUCAAAAACAACAUCAGGGAGCUGCACCAUACCUUAGACAGUGUCAGACCCCCACAGACACUCAGGGUAAAUCUCUCUGACGUGAACUUUUUUUCCUCUCAGGGAUGUCAGACAGAUGCUUCUCAAACUCGUCGAAUUGAGAUCUAGUGACUGGGGCAGAGUCCGAUCUGCAGCAGCAGCCAGCAACGCCACCCCAGACAACGACCCCAACUACUUUAUGGUGAGUGUCAACAGCCCCAAAUACCCCUUCUCCCUCCUUUCUAUCAGUUUACUUCCUCUUUUUUUUAGUUUGUAAUGGAUUCGUUUCCUCCUUUCAGAACGAACCCACAUUUUACACAGAGGACGGCACUCCUUUCACAGCAGCAGAUCCAGGUACGAAUAUUAACAGGGUUCCUGAGGCUCCUUGAAAAGCAUUGAAUCAGAUUUAUAACAUUUCAGGUCUUCAAAAAGUCUCAUUCAGGUGUCUAUUUAAUGUUAUUUGCAUUUGAUUUUUAAUACAUCUGUAGAGUUAGCUACUUUUACAAUACAAUACAUCACUACAGAGUGUUUUGUUUCAGCACAUUUUCACCUGCUCAUACAUUUCAGCAGCCACUAUUUUUUCCUCUGUUUUUACAGAUUAUGCCGAAAAAUACCAAGAGAUCCUGGACAGGCAGGACUAUUUCGACAUUGAUGGAGAAAAUGGAAAUGAACUGUGAGUGCAUAUGGAGAAAAGAUCAAAAGAUGGGUCUCUGGUGGUUUUGGUGAUGCUUGUUGUCAUGCAAACUGUCAUUUUUGUAGACUUUAAAAAACACAAUCACAGUCACUCCUUGAGUUAUUUAUGCACAAAUGCACCUUUAUGUAAUGAUGAGAUUUUCAUCUUUAGUCAUGUGACGAAUGAGUCACCGUUGCAGCUUCACACACAGGUCACAUGACUAACACUGACCUGUGGGCCCCUGAGCUUGGAGAAUGUGUUUGACUGGCCCACAAUGCAACAGAGUCAAGCAUGGUCUCAGUUUCGGUGUUGUCAGCAGAUGGGUGUGAAAGAGGGCUUAACUCACUCCUGUCUUCUCUCAGAACAGCGUGUGUUUGACGAUAUACUGUAUGAUGAGUUACUCGCUUAAAUCCUACAAACACUGAAGAACAACAAGUCAAGUUUCUAGCUAUGAAUCUAAACCUUUCUUUGGUUUUCUUUGCAGAUACGACUCUGAAGACGAGAUGGAGCCCGAGAUAGAAGAAGCUUUUGAGAGUUUUUAUUUAGAAUCAGAGAGGAAACGAAAACAAUGACGUGAGACAUGCACAUGCUGUAUUUUCUCAAUCACCUCGCUGGAAUACUGAAAAAGCAGACAAACUAGCAACAAAUAGGUUCAAAGUUUUAUUUUACAACAAACAAAGAUUUUAAGAGCUGUUGAUAGCUGCACUCCUGACUUGUUUUUAAGUGUUGAUUAGAGAACGGGGACAAUCAACAGGAUAACUGUUCAACAUGUUACGGUAUGAAGAUGUUUUCAGACAUGGAAGUUCUCUCUGUGUUGUUUAAAAUCCUUAAGUAAAUGCUUCCUUCUUUAACCUAAACUUAGUGCCAAGAGGGAAAUAGUGUGCUGUGAAUUUGUUUUUAGAGUUCUUUUUGGAACGGCAGAAAAGUUUCAGCGAGUGUGUGCAUAGUUUUGAUAUAUUUUUGUGCAUAAUUUCAUAUCUUUCAAUUGAUGCCCCAUUUAUGAACACAGGCCAAAACACACGGACCAUUCAUCGGAGAUCAGCUGUUUUCAUUGAAAAAACACUGUGCAGAGCUGAGGGGAAGUUUCACUGCAUACUUACAGUCAGCCUUUCUUAUAAAAUAGUGUCUUUUACCAGAUGGCUGAUAUCAACUGCGGUGCAGGUCACUUGAUUUAUAAAGAAGUCAAAGGUUGUGCAGUGUGAAAGUGCAAACAGCACUGGAAACACUAAAUUUACUAACCUGGAAGACCCUUUAAAGAAAUUCUUUUUUGUUUCUUCUUGAGGUCUUUAAAUGAGUAAUUCAUGUCAGUUUAUGUUCUGAAAAUGCAGUGCAUCUAACCCCAGUUUAUUUCCUGAAUGUAGCUUUAAACAUCUAUGCGGCGUCUUGCAUUUUGCAGCGGUCAGCAUGACCACACUCACCUGCAAAAAGGAUUCAUUCUUUUCCAAGACUGAAAGACUGUUGACCAGCAAUCCACGGAGCCCGUAAAAAAGGAAUGUUGUUUUAUAGUUUGUAAAUAUAAUUUAUGCUAUUGUUUGCCUGCAAUAAACUCUUUAUAAUGUGUGACGUUGGCGGUUUGAUUCAUGUUCAAGCAUCUGUGUAAAGUAAAAAACUAUUGGCACAGUUUUUGAUGAGUUCUCCAAAACACCUUUGUACAUUUAACCUCAAAUAAGUACAAAAUUUCUGAAAUAAACUGCUCAGCUAGUGAUGUGUCAAUACGACUGUGUA